GGCGGCGGCGAUCGCCAGUCGCCACGAGGAGGAUGCAGGGCGGCGGCGCGGCGGGGGCGGCGGCGGCGACGCAGCCGCAGCACCGGGAGCUGCUCGAGCGGUACGAGCUGGUGCGGGCGCGGGGGCGGGGGACGUUCGCCGACGUGUGGGAGGCUCGGCACCGGCGGACCGGCCAGAGCGUCGCCGUCAAGAUCCUCCGCCUCGCCGCCGGCAUCCCCGUCCGCAAAGUGGAGAGAGAGAUCGCGGUGAUGAGGCUGCUGAGCCACCCGCACAUCGUGCGGUUCUACGAGGCCAUCUCCGGCGGCGACGGCGAGCACGUCUACGUCGUCAUGGAGCUGGCGGCGCAGGGGCAGCUGUACGACUACGUCACCCAGCUCGGCCGCCUCCGCGAGGACGAGGCCCGCAGGAUCUUCCACCAGAUCGUAUCAGGCGCCGAAUACUGCCACCACAACAUGGUCGUGCACCGGGACCUGAAGCUGGAGAACAUCCUGAUGGAUUCAGAGAUGAACGUCAAGAUCGUCGACUUUGGUUUCAGCAAGUUCUUCAGGCACGGCAAGGUGCUCAGCCAGCCAUGCGGAAGCCGCGAGUACGCCGCUCCCGAGCUACUCGCGGGUAGAAGAUAUGUUGGUCCCCCGGUUGAUGUCUGGAGCUGUGGGGUCAUUCUCUACAUCCUCUUCUGUGGACGUUUGCCCUUUGACAGCUCCGACGUCUCAGAGCUGAAUAGAAUUAUCAAGAGAGCAGAGUUCAGUAUCCCAGCAUACGUCCCUGACGACGCGAGGGACCUCAUCUCCAGCAUGCUGAUCGUGAGACCUGACAAGCGCCUCACCAUGAACGAGGUCAGGACGCACCGUUGGGUCCAGCGCUCCAUCAUCCCUCGCUACCUUGCAAUGCCUCCUCUGAACGCACGAACACAGAUCACCAAGAUUGAUGAUGAGACUGUCGAGAAGGUGACCAGCCAUGGCAUUGACAAGAGGCACUUGGUUGAAUCACUCGAAAACGGAGUCGAAAACGAGGCAACGGUCACCUACAAUCUGAUCCUUAGUAAGCAGUUUGAUGCCCCAACCCGUUAUCUCUGGACAAUUGAUGUCUGUCAAGAAGCUGGACAAAGUACCACCACGGGAGCAGCAGGAGCAACAGGCAGCACCGCCGGAGAGCAGCCUGCCGCCGUCGCCGUCGCCGGAGGAGACGAACGCAGCGGAUGGGCCCUCGGCGGUGUGGAGUUCCAGGAGUGCCCCCGUGCGGCCAUGCGCACCAUCGCGGCGGCGCUGCGCGAGAUGGGCGUCGUCUACGCCCACGACGACGACCAUGGCCGCUACGGCAAGCUGCUGUGCGCACGCUUCACCGGCAGCAUCUCCAGCACCAACGUCCGCCGCGUCAUCCGUAGCUUCCUCACCGCCACUGACACGGCCUCUUCUUCUUCCUCUGGUGCUGCCACCGGCGGUGGCAGCAGCAGCGGCAGCAGAGGUCAGGCUGGCCAUGGCGGUGGAGCUCCCGUCGAUGACGCUGUCGAGAUCAACAGCGACGUUCUGGAGAGCUUGUCCGCGGCCGUGUUCUUUGAAAUUCAGCUGUACAAGUCAGCAGGAGAAGGCAAUUACCUGAUGGAUCUCAGGAGACUUUCUGGCCCACAGCUUCAGUACCUGAAUAUAUGCUCAGAGUUAAGCUCUAAGCUGAGAUCAGUUAACUGACCAAGGCAGUGGUAAUUAAUAGUCUCCUCCAAACAAGAAAUAAUUUGAGGAAAUAUUAUGUUGUCCCUCUUUUCCUUUUGUUUUUAGUGAAAGGAAAAGGUUAGCAUCUAUGAGAGGGAAAAAAAUAUUAAAUGCAUGCAGCACUAUGAAAUGAACUUGUACAAGAAUGCUAAUUAAUUCCAUGAUGAUAUAUCAAUUCAGAGUGUUUUGGAAUCA